CUUUCUUCGCGGCUUGUAAAUUGGAGAGCCUCUCCUAUCGCUAACCCUAACCCUAACCCUAGGAACCCUAACCCUAGGAGUUUCUGUAUCGUGCAAACAUGCUACUUGCACGCCCAUCUGAGCUACCUCUUAAGCGGGGUGAUGCGCGAGCUCGCCGCGAGCGCCGCGGCGAGGCCCGCGGCCGCGCCGCGCGGAUGGCUCGGCGGCGACUGCGCCUCAUGCUCUGAGAAGAACCACGCGGGAUUGCCGAGCACGCUGUGGAGGCUCGCGAGGUAGCCGAGGACUUGCCCUCUAGACAUCCAGUGGAGAUUCAUCCCGAAGUUCUUCGUCCCCGGCGCGACCCGUGUCUCGUGAAUCCACCACGGCGGAACGAAGAGAACGUCUCCCCGGCGCUGCGUGACCUCGAGGCGCGGCGCAGCGGAUUUCUCGCGGAGCAUCAUCUCCGCGUUGCCCGACCAGCGGUGCUCAAAGUGGCCGAAAAACUGGGGCGCCACGAGCGUCCACCGCUUCUCUUCCUGGAGGCAGAAGCUGAGGAAGCGGUCCAUAUGCGCAUGGAGGUAGUAGACGGCCGUCCGUCCCGCGUGGAAGAAAUGGGUUACCACGGGUGCCGUCAUGCGAUCGACGGACAAGGCCUCAGGCACGGCCAUCGUCGCGUGAAGCGUCUCGUCGAGGCGUUUCCGCUCCGAAGCCGUGGCCAUGCGCGUGUGCACCUCGAAGUAGUUCCCGUCGCGGUCGAUGUCGUGUCCGUCGAACGACGCGAUCUUCUCUCGCAGCGUCGACGGGCUACACGGAACCUGCUCGAUUAUCUGCUUGCUCUUGUUGUCAGCGCCCACGAACUCAAAGUGGCGUUGGAUCUUGCCGUUGCACGGAGCGAACAGGUUCUGGGCCUCUUCGGGGAAGUAACCGACGUCCGUAAGUCCCACGCCGUCCGGAAUGCAGCCUUCGAAGAGGAUCGGCCGGUCCGCGUCGAACGCGCGGUCCAUCUGAUCGCAUGGGAGCUUGAGCAGCGACGGCGACGGCGCGCCGCGCACAGCGUGCCAGAGGUCGAGGCUGCACGGCAUACCGCCGAAGAAUGUCAGGUCGGCCGCAUUCUCGAACGCGGGACCCGCCUGCGUGGUUUGCCGAGCAGCGGCCACUUCACCAGUUCGGGGACGCCUUCCGGCUGUACGGGCUCCCCAGCCCUCGGGCAGCGCAGGUCCUCGGCAUUCUGGGUGCCAAUGGAUGCGGCAAGUCCACUGUACUCUCCAUCUUCUCGGGCAGCCUUCAGCCCAACCUUGGUGCAUCGGCGCCGCCCAAGGACUGGGUCCGUGCGGCGCCGGUGCGCACUGGAAUCAGGUCGCUGCUCGCCAGCCAACCGCGCGUUGCGUCCAAGCCGCAGUACGUCGAGGAGGUGGCCGCCAAGUACGCGGGCCGCCAUGUCGGCUCGGUGUUGGAGCAGGAGGACACGCGCGCAGCCGGCGCGGUUGUUGUGGAGCAACUGGAGCUCGCUCACUUGUGGGAGAGGACGGUGGAUACACUCUCCGGCGGCGAGCUGCAGCGCUUUUCGAUUGCGCUUGUCUGCGUGCAGACCGCAGACCUGUAUAUCGUUGACGAGCCCUCCUCCUUUCUCGACGUUCGGCAGCGCCACAAAAACAUCGAGUGGCUUUAUCCAGGCGACCGCUACGUCCUCGUGGUCGAACACGACCUCGCGGUGCUCGACUACCUCGCGGACAUGGUCGUACUCGUGGUUGGAGCGCCCAAUCAGUACGGGAUGGUGUCCUUGCCCUACCGCACGGGCGUCGGCAUCAACAUGUUUCUGCGUGGUGCCGUCCCUCGCGUCACCAGUGCAGGUGAGCUCCCGUUCCGCGAGACAGUCCUCGACUUUGGAGCCAGGGCGCCGCCACAGGUCGGGCCGUGCUGGCACUACCCGGCGGCAGUGAUCACCCGGCCGGGCGCCUUCCGGCUGCAGGUUGCGGCGGGGGCGUUCAACGCGGGUGAGAUUGUGGUGCUGCUCGGCGAGAACGGCACGGGCAAGACCACGUUCAUGAAGCUGCUGUGUGGGGAGGUCGACCCGGAUGGCGGGAAGGGGGUCUUUGAGCGCCGCCGCGUGGCGUACAAGGCGCAGGAUCCGGCGGAUCUCCGCGCGCGGCACGCGGGUACGGUGCAGGAGGCGCUGGCAAGCGCCGCUGCGGGCGAGUUGCCGCCGGCGGAGGAGCUCGAGCUCGUGGCGACACUGCUUGAGCGGCCAGUCUCGUCGCUCAGCGGCGGAGAGCUGCAGCGGCUGGCGAUCGUGCUCGCCCUUUCCGUGGAUGCCGAGGUCGUCCUGAUGGACGAGCCCUCCGCGUAUCUCGAUGCCGAGCAACGCAUCGCCACUUGCCAGGCCAUCCGACGCUGCAUCUCGCGGACGGGCCGAACGGCGCUCGUGGUGGAGCACGACUUUAUGAUGGCCAACUACCUCGCCGACCGCGUGGUGGUCUUCUCGGGCGAGCCGGGGCGCUCCUGCGCCCUGUCCGCGCCGCUGCCGGUGGAGGAGGGUAUGAACUCGUUCCUGGCGCACGUGGGCGUGACCUUCCGCUGCGAUCACGACAGCGGACGGCCGCGGGUGAACAAGCCGCAGAGCGCCAAGGACCGGGCGCAGACGCGGGCCGGGACCUACUACGUGCUUAACGCGGUGGGCGAAGAUUAG